AUGGCUACGCACACGCGCUGGAAGCGGGGCAGCAGCGGGCGCGCCUGGCGCCUGGCGCUCGCCCUCCUGGCCGCGCUCGCCCCCGGCCGCGCAGCAGAGCCUGCGGAUCUCUUGAAGGUAUUAGAUUUUCACAAUUUACCUGAUGGCAUAUCAAAGACAACAGGUUUUUGCACAAGCAGAAGGUCCUCCAAAGAAGCUGACGUGGCAUAUCGAGUAACGAAAGAUGCUCAGCUAAGUGCUCCAACCAAGCAGCUCUACCCUGCAUCUCCAUUCCCUGAAGAUUUCUCAAUCCUAACCACUGUAAAAGCCAAGAAAGGAGGCCAGUCCUUCUUGGUCUCCAUCUACAACGAGCAAGGCAUCCAGCAGGUGGGAGUGGAGCUGGGUAGGUCCCCCGUGUUCCUCUACGAAGACCAUGCAGGGAAGCCCAGCCCAGAGGAUUACCCACUCUUCCGAGGCAUCAAUCUCUCCGAUGGCAAGUGGCAUCGGAUAGCUAUCAGCGUGCACAGGAAGAACGUCACCUUGAUUUUGGAUUGUAAAAAGAAGAUCACAAAGUUCUUGGACCGCAGUGAUCACCCCAUCAUUGAUGUCAAUGGCAUAAUUGUAUUUGGGACCAGGAUCCUGGAUGAAGAAGUCUUUGAGGGCGACAUCCAGCAGCUCCUCGUGGUGGAUGAUCAUCAAGCGGCCGCCGAUUACUGUCAGCACUACAGCCCGGACUGUGACACCGCUGUCCCAGAAGCACCCCAAUCCCAGGAUCCCAGUCCAGAUGAAUACUAUACGGACGGGGAUGGCAACCUGGAGGUAGAGGGCCAAACCUACUACUACGACUAUCCCUACUAUCAAGACGUUGAUGAGAUCGGGAAGGCAGCUCCCACCACUGCCCAGCCUGUGGAUGCUGCAGAAGCAGCCAGCGAAACCACGGAGGAUCGCGCCCCUUUUUCCACACCAGCCCCGCCAGUUGUGGAGAACGCUCGGGAGGAGGAGACGAGGGAGGAGGACAGAGUAGACGACCCACUAGUGGACGAGUAUAAUUAUGGAGUCAUCACAGAUGAAUACUACACCCCGCUCCCAUAUGAGGAUCUCAACUACGAUGACCUCGACCCAGCAGAGAAGCUCCCAGAAGGCGCUAUUGAGGCAGAGGUUCCCACCACCACGGUCAUCACUGUCAAUGGAACGGAGACUGCAGGGAGAAGGAGCCAAGAUGGAGAAGAUGCUGACAGAGACUUUGCCGAGGAAACCAUCCGGGAGUAUGACACCUACUAUGAUGGGUACUACGACAGGACAGACUCCCCUGAUAUUGGGCCUGGGAUGCCUGCGAACCAGGACACGCUUUAUGAAGGGGUCGGUGGGCCGCGAGGUGAAAAAGGGCAGAAGGGGGAGCCAGCGAUCAUCGAACCGGGCAUGCUCAUUGAAGGCCCACCUGGCUCAGAAGGCCCGGCAGGUCUUCCAGGGCCUCCAGGAACAACAGGGCCAACGGGCCCGCUGGGGGAUCCUGGAGAAAGGGGACCUCCUGGACGACCCGGGCUUCCCGGAGCAGACGGCUUGCCAGGACCUCCGGGGACCAUGCUGAUGCUACCGUUCCGCUUCAGUGGUGGUGGCGAUGGCGGCUCCAAGGGCCCCAUGGUCUCUGCUCAGGAGUCCCAGGCCCAAGCCAUCCUGCAACAAGCCCGGCUGGCACUGAGAGGACCAGCUGGCCCCAUGGGCCUCACAGGAAGGCCAGGCCCCAUGGGAUCUCCAGGCAGUGGAGGAAUCAAGGGUGAAACAGGAGACAUGGGGCCUCAGGGUCCACGAGGCGUGCAGGGACCCCCAGGCCCAUCUGGAAAACCAGGACGUCGGGGACGUGCUGGCAGUGAUGGGGCAAGAGGAAUGCCAGGACAGACGGGGCCAAAGGGCGACCGAGGUUUCGAUGGCUUGGCUGGACUGCCUGGGGAGAAGGGGCAUCGGGGUGAGCCUGGUCCUUCAGGUCCCCCAGGAGCCCCAGGUGAAGAUGGGGAGAGGGGUGAUGAUGGAGAAGUCGGCCCCCGAGGUCUCCCUGGGGAACCUGGACCCCGUGGUUUGCUGGGACCCAAAGGGCCCCCAGGGCCUCCUGGACCUCCAGGCAUAGCUGGCAUGGAUGGACAAACAGGCCCCAAGGGGAAUGUGGGUCCUCAAGGUGAGCCUGGACCACCAGGGCAGCAGGGAAACCCAGGCGCUCAGGGUCUUCCCGGUCCUCAAGGCCCGAUUGGUCCGCCAGGGGAAAAGGGUCCACUGGGGAAACCUGGCCUUCCUGGCAUGCCUGGAGCAGAUGGUCCUCCGGGCCACCCUGGCAAAGAAGGUCCUCCUGGGGAGAAGGGCAGCCAGGGUCCGGCUGGCCCUCAGGGCCCCAUCGGUUAUCCUGGCCCUCGCGGUGUCAAGGGAGCAGAUGGCAUCCGUGGCUUGAAAGGGACCAAGGGCGAGAAGGGUGAAGAUGGCUUCCCUGGGUUCAAAGGCGACAUGGGCGUGAAAGGAGAUCGGGGUGAAAUAGGCCCCCCUGGUCCGCGGGGCGAGGAUGGACCUGAAGGCCCAAAAGGCCGUGGGGGACCCAAUGGAGAUCCUGGACCGUUAGGCCCUGCCGGAGAAAAGGGGAAACUUGGAGUUCCUGGACUGCCAGGUUAUCCUGGAAGACAAGGCCCCAAGGGGUCCAUUGGAUUUCCAGGGUUCCCAGGCACCAAUGGAGAGAAAGGUGGAAGGGGCACCCCUGGCAAACCGGGGCCAAGAGGGCAACGGGGCCCAACGGGUCCACGAGGAGAAAGAGGUCAGCGAGGCAUCACAGGCAAGCCUGGGCCGAAGGGCAACUCUGGUGGGGAUGGUCCACCGGGCCCUCCAGGCGAAAGGGGUCCUCCUGGGCCUCAAGGGCCAACUGGAUUUCCUGGACCGAAAGGCCCUCCGGGUCCCCCUGGAAAAGACGGGCUGCCUGGUCAUCCUGGGCAGAGAGGUGAAACUGGCUUCCAAGGCAAGACGGGACCCCCCGGGCCUCCAGGAGUUGUCGGGCCACAGGGUCCCACUGGAGAGACGGGUCCAAUGGGUGAACGUGGCCACCCAGGGCCUCCAGGGCCACCAGGUGAACAGGGACUUCCUGGGCUGGCUGGAAAGGAAGGCACAAAGGGUGACCCCGGCCCCAGCGGCCUUCCAGGGAAAGACGGCCCCCCCGGCCUGAGAGGGUUUCCCGGCGACAGAGGUCUUCCUGGCCCCCUUGGACCUGUGGGCUUGAAGGGCAGUGAAGGUCCCCCCGGCCCUCCUGGCCCCGCGGGCUCUCCUGGUGAGCGAGGUCCUGCUGGAGCAGCUGGCCCAAUUGGUCUUCCAGGGCGGCCUGGGCCCCAAGGGCCACCCGGCCCUGCCGGCGAGAAAGGAGCCCCGGGUGAGAAAGGGCCUCAAGGUCCAGCAGGUCGUGAUGGUAUCCAAGGUCCAGUAGGGCUUCCUGGCCCAGCAGGUCCAGUUGGCCCACCAGGAGAAGAUGGAGACAAGGGUGAAAUUGGUGAGCCAGGGCAGAAGGGCGGCAAAGGUGACAAAGGGGAGCAGGGUCCUCCAGGUCCCACCGGUCCGCAGGGCCCAAUCGGCCAACCAGGUCCAGCUGGAGCCGAUGGGGAGCCUGGUCCUCGAGGGCAACAGGGUCUCUUUGGUCAGAAAGGGGAUGAAGGGCCAAGGGGUUUUCCUGGCCCCCCAGGCCCGGUCGGCUUGCAGGGUUUACCGGGACCUCCUGGAGAGAAGGGAGAAACGGGUGACGUCGGACAAAUGGGUCCCCCGGGUCCCCCAGGACCAAGGGGUCCAUCUGGAUCUCCAGGAGCUGACGGGCCCCAAGGUCCACCCGGUGGGAUUGGAAAUCCUGGAGCUGUCGGUGAGAAGGGCGAACCAGGAGAAGCAGGAGAACCUGGCCUGCCAGGAGAGUCUGGUCUUCCGGGUCCUAAAGGAGAGAGAGGGGAGAAGGGUGAAGCGGGCCCCUCUGGGGCGGCUGGGCCACCAGGUCCAAAAGGCCCACCAGGUGAUGAUGGUCCCAAAGGCAGCCCUGGUCCAGUCGGUUUUCCUGGAGACCCCGGCCCUCCUGGUGAACCUGGCCCCGCUGGCCAGGAUGGUCCACCAGGUGAUAAAGGUGAUGAUGGUGAACCUGGACAGACGGGCUCCCCUGGUCCCACUGGAGAGCCUGGUCCUUCAGGCCCACCAGGAAAAAGAGGCCCACCUGGACCAGCGGGUCCUGAAGGCCGGCAAGGAGAGAAGGGGGCCAAGGGUGAAGCAGGUUUGGAAGGGCCUCCUGGGAAAACAGGCCCUGUGGGCCCUCAGGGACCGCCAGGAAAACCUGGUCCAGAUGGACUGCGAGGAAUCCCCGGCCCCGUGGGCGAGCAGGGGCUUCCGGGUGCCCCAGGGCCAGAUGGACCACCGGGCCCCCUGGGACCACCUGGUUUACCUGGCUUGAAAGGAGAUUCUGGUCCAAAGGGAGAGAAGGGUCAUCCGGGCUUGAUUGGUCUCAUUGGGCCUCCUGGAGAGCAAGGAGAGAAAGGAGACCGAGGCCUGCCAGGCCCUCAGGGAGGAUCGGGGCCUAAAGGAGAACAGGGUAUUACGGGUCCUUCUGGUCCAAUCGGCCCACCUGGCCCUCCAGGGUUACCGGGUCCCCCUGGUCCAAAAGGUGCUAAAGGAUCUUCGGGUCCAACAGGUCCAAAGGGUGAAAUGGGUCAUCCGGGGCCACCAGGGCCUCCCGGCCCUCCAGGGGAAGUGAUCCAACCCCUUCCUAUCCAGUCCUCUAAGAGGACACGGCGAAACAUUGAUGCCAGCCAAUUGGUUGAUGAAGGCAACACUGAAAACUACAUGGAUUAUGCGGAAGGCAUGGAGGAAAUCUUUGGCUCCUUAAACUCUCUGAAACUGGAAAUUGAGCAGAUGAAGCAUCCGUUGGGCACCCAGCACAACCCAGCUCGUACCUGCAAAGAUUUGCAACUUUGUCAUCCUGAUUUCCCAGACGGUGAAUACUGGGUUGACCCUAAUCAAGGUUGCUCCAGAGAUUCCUUCAAGGUUUACUGCAAUUUUACAGCUGGUGGUGAAACUUGCAUCUUCCCUGAUAAGAAGUCUGAAGGGGCUAGAAUUACUUCAUGGCCCAAGGAAAACCCAGGCUCCUGGUUCAGUGAAUUCAAGCGCGGUAAACUGCUUUCCUAUGUUGAUUCGGAUGGCAAUCCCAUCGGAGUGGUGCAGAUGACUUUCCUGAGGCUCUUAAGUGCUUCCGCCCACCAGAAUGUCACCUACAACUGCUUCCAGUCAGUGGCGUGGCGUGACGACUCCACGGGCAAUUACGACAGGGCCAUCCGCUUCCUGGGCUCCAACGAUGAAGAGAUGUCAUAUGACAACAAUCCUUUCAUCAGGGCUGUCUUCGAUGGUUGUGCAACGAAGAAAGGCCAUCAAAAGACAAUCUUAGAAAUCAACACACCCAGAGUGGAGCAGGUUCCGGUUGUCGACAUCAUGUUCAACGACUUUGGUGAAGCAUUACAGAAGUUUGGAUUUGAGGUGGGACCGGCUUGCUUCAUGGGCUAAGAGCCACUCAGAACACUAGUCUCCGAAUGAGCAACCUCGUAACCUCAUUGCGCCUUCUUUUUUUGGCUACAUUGUGGUCGUCGUCACAUGCACGUUCUGAAACGAAACGGUUUGAUGGGUUUAUUAUUUUUAUUUGUUUUCCUGUUUUGCCUGAGUCCCAACUCUUCUACCAGACCCAAGACAUUCUGAUGCCUCAGUCAAAGACAGAACCGUUCCCACCACAGGCUCCA